AUGCACACUGCACCCAAAGUCAAGACAUGUACUUUGCGUUGCCAAGCCCACGGCGACCAACAGCAUGCACAGCUUAUCAGAGCACUACCUGGCUGGACUCGGCGUUUCGCAGACCGGGCAAUAUAUGGACGUCUCAAGGUGCGGGACACGGUCUUUUUCGGACCGUUCGUUCACGUCAGCGGUGAAGAAUGUGACAUGACGGCCUAUCAAUCAAGCGCAAGGGGCCGAGAUCAUACUACACGUCCUGGGAUAUUAGUCUCUGAUGAAUUGGAAAGAAUCGUGGUCCAGCUCCAGCAAGCGGUGCAUAACCUGGAAGACCGCGAAGCCAUCCGGACCCUGCUCGAUCGGUACACGGCUCUACACGACCAAGCCUUCACCAAUCCCGUCGCGCGCCAAAAGUGGGAGAAUUUGUUCAGUGAGGACGCUGAAGUUUCAUACGCAUUUGGGAAAUACAAGGGCCGAAAGGGUUUGGUGCACUGGGCCUGGGGGCCAUCCGUUUCAACAUAUCCGCAAUGCCACUUGCAAAGUAGCAACUUUGACAUUGCGCUCAGUCCAGAAGGUAACACUUCGGUCGUGAGGUCGAAUUGUAUCACACAUUGGCUGUACGACAGAGGUGUUUUGGACCAGCAUUUUGACGCGGGAGGGGUGUAUCAAUGGAUGUUGGUAAAGGAAGACCAACUCUGGAAGAUCCAGAAGCUGGAUCUCAAGGUUGUGUGGACACGUGGGUUUGAUCUGGCGGGCGUUUCCAGAGGGGAAACCUCGCACCCCCAUUAA